UCUGUUGUUUUUCUCCCUCUCCCUCUCCUUCUGUUGUCCAUGGCGGUGAUGAGACCAGCUCAAAACCAACAGGUCAACAUUCAUCGAUCCUCAAUCUGAAAACAAGAUGUUUCUUUUAUUUGCCUGAAGGAUCAAAAAGCUGUGUUCUUCUUCCUAGUUGCUCCUCCGUAGAUCCUUGUCGGAUUUGGGAAAGUAUCAAUGUUGUUGUGAUCUUGAAAGACUCUGCAUGACUCCGAGGGUUGCGAUGAGGCGUCGGUCAGCAGAAGCGGCUCCUACCGAGCCAACGGAGAAGGGAAACGAGGGGAAGAAUCAGAAUAAUCGAAUCUAUUUGUUGGUCUCUUUAUCACUCUUUUUCUGGGCGCUCCUCUUCUACUUCCAUUUUACUGAGAAACAGAUCCAGCUGCAACCUCAACCAUCAUCAUCAAUCUCUCUUCGAGUACAUAAGUUCCCUCUCGAUCCUCCCAAAGAGAAAGAGCCUUUAGUAACAACACUCCCUCCUGCUCCAGUAAUAGUGGAGAAACAGGAGUUUCCGUUUGUAAGAGCGUUGAAGACAGCAGACAACAAGAGUGAUCCCUGUGGAGGCAAGUACAUCUACGUUCACGAUCUCCCCGCCAAGUUCAACGAGGAUAUGCUCAGAGACUGUAAGAAGCUUAGCCUCUGGACCAACAUGUGCAAGUUCACCACCAACGCUGGCCUUGGCCCUCCUCUUGAGAAUGUCGAAGGUGUCUUCUCCGAUCAAGGCUGGUACGCCACUAAUCAGUUCGCUGUUGACGUCAUCUUCAGCAACCGGAUGAAGCAGUACAAAUGCUUGACGAACGACUCUUCCCUCGCUGCUGCCAUUUUUGUUCCUUUUUACGCUGGUUUCGACGUUGCUAGGUACCUGUGGGGGUACAACAUCUCGACCAGGGAUGCUGCUUCUCUUGAGUUGGUUGAUUGGCUCAUGAAGCGGCCUGAGUGGGAGAUCAUGAGAGGUAAAGACCAUUUCCUUGUGGCUGGUAGGAUCACUUGGGACUUCAGGAGGUUGUCUGAAGAAGAAACUGAUUGGGGGAACAAGCUUCUCUUCUUACCAGCUGCCAAGAACAUGUCUAUGCUUGUCGUCGAGUCUAGUCCAUGGAACGCUAACGAUUUCGGGAUCCCUUACCCGACCUACUUCCAUCCAGCGAAGGACUCUGAGGUGUUUGAGUGGCAAGAGAGGAUGAGGAACCUCGACAGGAAGUGGCUUUUCUCUUUUGCAGGAGCUCCGCGACCCGACAACCCCAAGUCCAUCAGAGGGCAGAUCAUCGAUCAGUGCACAAACUCAAAGGUUGGGAAGCUGUUGGAAUGCGAUUUUGGGGAGAGCAAGUGUCAUUCGCCGAGCAGCAUUAUGCAAAUGUUUCAAGCCUCUCUCUUCUGUCUGCAGCCACAGGGAGACUCUUACACUCGAAGAUCGGCUUUUGACUCUAUGCUUGCCGGUUGCAUACCUGUCUUCUUCCACCCGGGCUCGGCUUACACUCAGUACACCUGGCAUCUACCCAAGAACUACACAACCUACUCGGUGUUCAUCCCUGAGGAUGAUAUUCGGAAGAGGAACAUGAGCAUAGAGGAACGACUCCUGCAGAUUCCACCAGAGCAGGUCGAGAUCAUGAGAGAGAACGUGAUAAACCUCAUCCCAGGGCUGAUCUACGCAGAUCCGAGAUCAGAGCUGGAGACGCUGAAGGAUGCAUUUGAUGUCUCGGUGGAGGCCAUAAUAGACAAGGUGACUCGGUUAAGGAAGAACAUGAUCGAAGGUCGAACCGAGUAUGACAACUUCGUGGAGGAGAACAGCUGGAAGUAUGCGUUGCUGGAGGAAGGCCAACGGGAAGCUGGGGGACACGUGUGGGAUCCGUUCUUCUCGAAACCAAAGCCUGGAGAAGAUAGCAGUGGUGAAAGCAAUGGAGGAGGCACGACCAUUUCGGCAGAUGCAGCUAAGAAUUCAUGGAAGAGUGAACAGAGAGAUAAGACGCAGUAAAAUAAAAGAAGACAGAACCAACCAACAUUUUGUUUACAUAUAGCUUUUGGUUUAUUAAUUAUUAUACGGACAAAAAUUGAUUUGUGUUUUGUUGUUGUAUUUGGUAUCAAAAAUGUAGUUUCCCCAUAGACAUCAGUUUGUUUCAGCAUAUUGUUGCAUCAGUUUCAGCAACCCAGAGAGAUUGAUAAUGACAGAGUUACCCUUUUCAAGUUUA